UCUCUCUCAGGUGAAUGAGUUGCAGGGCCGUAUCAAGGAGUCAACCAGGAGGAUGAUGGCCGUGGUGUCUGAGUUGUCGAUGCGCCAAGCCAGCGCCAUGACCCUGCAGCAGGAGCUGAAGGAGAGGGAGCUGUUCCUGGACACCUGCCACCGGCGCCUGGACCAGGGUCUGCCCCCCUCUGAAGACCUGGAGCAGGAGUGGCAACACAUCCUCAGGGAUGAGCAGCGCAGACAGGCCGACCAGCAGGAGAAAGACAGGCUGGUGGAGGAGGAGGAGAGGUCCCAGCUCCCUAGUGGGGUGUACACCACGGCCGAGGCCCGACCCAACGCCUACAUCCCCUGGGGACACCCUGCCCCUGCCCAAGCCCUACGGAGCCCUGGCCCCCUUCAAACCCUCCGAGCCCGGCACCAACAUCAGACACAUUCGCAAGCCUGAACCAAAACCCAUUGAGAUAUAGACCUGGACCAAACCCAUUGAGAUAUACUGUAGACCUGGACCAAACCCAUUGAGAUAUAGACCUGGACCAAACCCAUUGAGAUAUACUGUAGACCUGGACCAAA